AUGCUCGUAGAUGCGGAUGCAAAGCGGGAUGCUGACCGCAAGCUAGACUCAUACACCAUAUGGGUGAUUGGCCAAGACGAUUUCUCCGAUGUGCAAAUACCAGAUGCACCUGCUCAGCCACCGCAGACACCAAACACGGGGGUCCAGAGAGCUGCGAGUGAGGAUGGGUUGAAGGAGAGGCAGGAGGCUACAAUGGAGAGGUCAAGGAUAUCAAAGCAAGAUGCACAGACUGCGUCUUCAUCCUCAUGGUGGAGUGUGCUUGUGCUCGAAGAGCUGCUCCCGCUGGUGCUCGAUGAGGCGUUCGAUGAUGUUGCGCUAGACUUGGCAGAUGCUGUCUUUGAGGAAGCUGCGGAUGAAGAUGCUGCGGAGGCAGAUGUGGCCGAAGAAGAGCCACCGCUCGAGGUCUUGGCGACAGUGUUCGUGGACUCUACAACGAAUUGA